AUGUCUGAAAGUCUGAGAACUCGUUCGAUGAAUCCUGCUUAUCAAACUAAACUUAUGAGUCAAUUAGAAGAACAAUUUAGUAACAUUACACGGUUAUUAUAUACGACUAGUGUAUCUAGUGUUGAACUUGAUCGAAGAGUAUUACCCUAUAUUGCUGAUGAUGUUAUUUUUAAAGAUCCUUGGCAAGAAGGUGGCAAUAAACAGCUCUAUCGAAUUGGCAUGAAGGGUUUUCAUAAUAUGUUUCAUUUUACAUUUGAUACAUUUCAAUUAAAUAUUAAAUUAAAUGAUGAUAAAACAACAGGUCGUUGUAUUGUUGAUGGUAUUAUGAAUUUAAAACAAUUUUCUUGGAUUUAUACAUAUCCAUUACGUUCAAUUUUGGUUUAUGAAUUUCGUUUAUUAAACAAUGAAAAUGAUGAUGAACCACUAUUUGAAAUAUUUCGACAUGAGGAGAUGUGGUCAUUUGCAGAUAUGAUUGAUGGAAUACCUGGUAUUGGAUGGAUCGUCUUCAUGAUUCCAUUACUACGCCAAAGAUGUCCAUUAUUUUUACGCUCAAAAAUUACACGUAUUCCAUCAACGUCUGUUUAUGUGAAUAAUUCUCCAAAUAAAAAUUCAUAUUCAUUUCCUCGAACUUUAUUUAAUGUAAUACCAAAACCAUUACAUCCUUAUGUUCGUUUAAGUCGUAUUGAUAAACCAACUGGAGCUUGGGUUAUAUUUUUACCUGGUGCAUGGAGUAUUGCAUUUGCUGGUACAACAUUAACAAAUCUUUCAUUAAUCGGUUUAUUUGGUAUUGGAACUAUAUUAAUGCGUGGAGCUGGUUGUACAGUAAAUGAUUUGUGGGAUAGAGAAUAUGAUCGUCGUGUUGAACGAACAAAAUCAAGACCAAUUGCAAGUGGAGAAAUAACAAUGCAACAAGGACUUAUAUGGGCGGGUGUUCAAUUAUCAUUAAGUUUUUUAAUACUUAUUCAAUUAAAUAUACCAACCAUUGGCAUUGGUAUUUGUUCAUUAGUACCUCUUAUUAUUUAUCCAGUCAUGAAACGGUAUACAAAUUGGCCACAAUUUUUUCUUGGUAUAACACUCAAUUGGAGUGCAUUAAUGGGUUUUACAGCAGCAACAGGUGCUGUUUAUCCAUCAGUUAUUAUACCAUUAUAUUUUGCUGGUAUUGCAUGGACACUUCAUUAUGAUACAAUUUAUGCUCAUCAAGAUAAACGAGAUGAUUUAAUUGUCGGUGUUAAAUCAACAGCUCUUCUUCUUGGAGACAAGACAAAACUAUGGUUACGAGCUUUUUCUAUUGGUAUGAUAACACAUUUAAUUACAGCUGGUCUUAGUGUUGAUCAAACAUGGCCUUAUUAUAUUGGUUUAAUUGGAGUUGGAUAUCAUCUUCAUCGACAAAUUGAAACAGUUAAUUUAAACAAUAAUCAAUCAUGUUGGAAUACAUUUGUAUCAAAUCGUAUAACAGGAUUGAUGAUACUUGGUUGUAUUUUAGUCGGAAAUUUUUUUAAAUAA